UGUUAUAUGACUUCAGUAUAAACUUAAACAUGGCGCUCGCAGAAAUUUGUGGUAUUAAUUCUUACAUAGAUUUUAAUUCUUCGCAAGAAAAAGAUAAAUUACCAGGUGAAAUCGAGAGAUAUACAAGAAAUUUUAUAAAUAAUGUUCAAUUAGCAGUACCACCGUACAUAAAUCCUGCUGAAAAUCUUGCACAAAUCUCUUCAAAUACCGAUGAAACUGGAAAACAUUUAAAAAUAAAAUUUGAUCAUGGAACAACUACGUUGGGAUUUGAAUACCAAGGUGGUAUCAUAUUGGCUGUUGACUCCCGUGCUACAGGAGGCCAAUUUAUUGGUUCACAAACGAUGAAGAAGAUUGUUGAGAUUAAUGAUUAUCAUCUUGGUACUUUGGCUGGUGGUGCUGCAGAUUGUGUUUAUUGGGACCGUGUUUUAGCUAAACAAUGUCGUAUGUAUGAAUUAAGAAAUAGAGAGCGUAUUUCAAUUGCAGCUGCGAGCAAACUAUUGUCGAAUAUGAUAUAUAAUUACAAGGGAAUGGGCUUGAGCAUGGGUAUGAUGCUUGCGGGUUGGGAUAAACGUGGUCCUGGAAUGUAUUAUAUUGAUUCGGAAGGUACUCGAACACCAGGAAAAGUAUUCAGCGUAGGUUCUGGCUCCAUCUAUGCUUUUGGUGUAUUAGAUUCUGGUUAUCGUUGGGAUCUAACUGACACAGAAGCUUAUGAAUUAGGAAGAAGAGCGAUCUAUCAUGCUACUCAUAGAGAUGCAUAUUCUGGUGGUAUAGUAAGAGUAUAUCACAUGAAAUCGACUGGUUGGGUACACAUUUCUGAUGAAGAUUGCAAAGAUUUACAUUAUAUGUAUCAAGAUCAAAAGCUAGCAGGAAGCAGCAAGUAAUCAAUCUUUAACGUACUGUAUUUUUUCUCCCCAUUCUUUACUUAAUAAAAUAUUGUUCUUAGGAAUA